CCUCGGCCUCCCAAAGUGCUGGGAUUACAGACAUGAGCCACCAUGGCCUGGCAACAAGUGGUUUCUUAUACUUCCUCUAUGGUUUCCCCUAUGGAGACAGUCUUUUGAACACAGAGGAAGGAUCAUGUAGUCUGGAAGAAUCAGGAAAGGCUUUCCAAGGAGGUUACAUCUAAACUAAAUUCUGAAGGAUAAGUAGAAUAUCGUGGGAAAAUGAAUAAUUAAUAUGUAAAAUGAUUUUUAAUACUUUAAGUGUUAGAAUAUGGUAAUCUGUCACCAUAAAUAUAAUAAAGUAUUUGCUCUAAUUUUCCUAAGUGAUGUUGGACCAGAACAACAUCUUUUUGUUGUUGUUGUUGUUUUAGACUGAGUCUCCCUCUGUUGCCCAGGCUGGAGUACAAUGGCACGAUCUCAGCUCACUGCAACCUCUGCCUCCAGGAUAUUGAUUUGAUGACAAACUUAUCAUCAUUCAGUGAUGUACCUCUGUGUCAAACUUAGAUAUGACCUCCGGCUAGCCUGUUUCAGCCACCUCGUCGUCCUGGCCUUGGAACUGUUGGAAAACCAAUUCGACUGUUAGCCAAUCAUUUUCAGGUUCAGAUUCCUAAAAUAGAUGUGUAUCACUAUGAUGUGGAUAUUAAGCCUGAAAAACGGCCUCGUAGAGUCAACAGGGAGGUAGUAGAUACAAUGGUGCGGCACUUCAAGAUGCAAAUAUUUGGUGAUCGGCAGCCUGGGUAUGAUGGCAAAAGAAACAUGUACACAGCGCAUCCACUACCAAUCGGACGGGAUAGGGUUGAUAUGGAGGUGACUCUUCCAGGCGAGGGUAAAGACCAAACCUUUAAAGUGUCUGUUCAGUGGGUGUCUGUUGUGAGCCUUCAGUUGCUUUUAGAAGCUUUGGCUGGGCACUUGAAUGAAGUCCCAGAUGACUCAGUACAAGCACUCGAUGUUAUCACAAGACACCUUCCCUCCAUGAGGUACACCCCAGUGGGCCGUUCCUUUUUCUCACCCCCUGAAGGUUACUACCACCCUCUGGGAGGGGGAAGGGAGGUCUGGUUUGGUUUUCAUCAGUCUGUGAGACCUGCCAUGUGGAAUAUGAUGCUCAACAUUGAUGUAUCUGCAACUGCUUUCUACCGGGCUCAGCCUAUCAUUGAGUUCAUGUGUGAGGUUUUAGACAUUCAGAACAUCAAUGAACAGACCAAACCUCUAACAGACUCCCAGCGUGUCAAGUUUACCAAAGAAAUCAGAGGUCUCAAAGUUGAGGUGACCCACUGUGGACAGAUGAAACGAAAAUACCGAGUUUGUAAUGUGACUAGACGGCCAGCCAGUCAUCAAACUUUUCCUUUGCAGCUAGAAAACGGUCAAGCUAUGGAAUGUACAGUAGCUCAAUAUUUUAAGCAAAAGUAUAGUCUGCAGCUGAAAUACCCCCAUCUUCCCUGUCUCCAAGUGGGACAAGAACAAAAGCAUACAUACUUGCCACUUGAGGUCUGUAAUAUAGUGGCAGGACAGCGAUGUAUCAAGAAGCUCACAGACAAUCAGACUUCCACAAUGAUCAAAGCUACAGCAAGAUCUGCUCCUGACAGACAGGAAGAGAUCAGUAGACUGGUGAAGAGCAACAGUAUGGUGGGUGGACCUGAUCCAUACCUUAAAGAAUUUGGUAUUGUUGUCCACAAUGAAAUGACAGAGCUCACAGGCAGGGUACUUCCAGCACCAAUGCUGCAAUAUGGAGGCCGGAAUAAAACAGUAGCCACACCCAACCAGGGUGUCUGGGACAUGCGAGGAAAGCAGUUUUAUGCUGGCAUUGAAAUUAAAGUUUGGGCAGUUGCUUGUUUUGCACCUCAGAAACAAUGUAGGGAAGAUUUACUAAAGAGUUUCACUGACCAACUGCGUAAAAUCUCUAAGGAUGCAGGAAUGCCCAUCCAGGGUCAGCCAUGUUUCUGCAAGUAUGCACAAGGUGCAGACAGUGUGGAGCCUAUGUUUAAACAUCUGAAAAUGACUUAUGUGGGCCUACAGCUAAUAGUGGUUAUCCUGCCUGGAAAGACACCAGUAUAUGCGGAGGUGAAACGUGUUGGAGAUACCCUUCUAGGUAUGGCCACACAGUGUGUCCAAGUAAAAAAUGUAGUGAAGACCUCACCUCAAACCCUUUCCAAUCUUUGCCUGAAGAUAAAUGCAAAACUUGGAGGAAUUAACAAUGUGCUUGUGCCUCAUCAAAGGCCCUCGGUGUUCCAGCAGCCUGUCAUCUUCCUGGGAGCGGAUGUCACACACCCCCCAGCAGGGGAUGGGAAGAAGCCUUCCAUUGCUGCUGUGGUUGGCAGUAUGGAUGGCCACCCCAGCCGGUAUUGUGCCACCGUUCGGGUGCAGACUUCCCGGCAGGAGAUCUCCCAAGAGCUCCUCUACAGUCAAGAGGUCAUCCAGGACCUGACUAACAUGGUUCGAGAGCUGCUGAUUCAGUUCUACAAAUCCACACGCUUCAAACCCACUCGGAUCAUCUAUUACCGUGGAGGGGUAUCUGAGGGACAAAUGAAGCAGGUAGCUUGGCCAGAACUAAUAGCAAUUCGAAAGGCAUGUAUUAGCUUGGAAGAAGAUUACCGGCCAGGAAUAACAUAUAUUGUGGUGCAAAAAAGACAUCACACACGACUCUUCUGUGCAGAUAAAACAGAAAGGGUAGGGAAAAGUGGCAAUGUACCAGCAGGCACUACAGUGGAUAGUACCAUCACACAUCCAUCUGAGUUUGACUUUUACCUCUGUAGUCAUGCAGGAAUUCAGGGAACUAGCCGUCCCUCACAUUACCAGGUCUUGUGGGAUGACAACUGCUUCACUGCAGAUGAACUCCAGCUACUGACUUACCAGCUGUGUCACACCUAUGUGAGGUGCACUCGCUCAGUCUCUAUUCCAGCCCCUGCAUAUUAUGCCCGGCUUGUAGCAUUUAGGGCAAGGUAUCAUCUGGUGGAUAAAGAUCAUGACAGUGCGGAAGGCAGUCAUGUGUCAGGACAGAGCAACGGCCGGGAUCCUCAGGCCUUGGCUAAGGCUGUGCAAAUCCACCAUGAUACCCAGCACACGAUGUAUUUUGCCUGAGAGUCUCAGAAAAAGAACUCAACCAAUUUGGCACCCCAUGCAGCCUCAAAAUGUUUCAAAUGCCUACCGCCUCUAGAUCGAGCCAAGUUGACUUCAGGUGGUCUUCUACCAGCAGCUCGGAAUAGUUGCACUGAAUCUAUACUUUGCAGCACUGUCUGAUGCGUCAACAAAAUUGAGCCAUUUUUUUAAAGUAAUAGAUACUCAUAGAUUAUCUUUUCUGAUGCACUGGACUGAAUUUUUACCUCAAUGUGCAAAGGCUGAUCAGCCUGAACUUUCUAAAGGACUUUACAAGAAGGGUUUCUAUGGAAUAUUUUGCUAGCUGUGGUGUUCACCGCAUCCCUCUAGUCUUAGAAAAGAAGAUUAUUCCUUUUUUCUGUAGUCAUUGAGUGGGGUGUAUGCAUAAGUGGGAGAGAAAAACCAAACAAUCUACUUCAGUUCAGUGUAACUAUUUAAUUGUGUGGGUCCAUAGACUUUUUAAUGAAGAUUUCUGACUUUGCCACUGUAAAUGCCUUUAAUGAGCAUUAAUUUUUGAAAGUUUGUUACAGAGUUUUAUUAGUUUUACUACUUUAUCUUAUUGGUCUCUGCAGACUUGUGCUGGUGCAAGUACACGCUGCCAGGCAAUUUGCACUAUAUUUGGCUGCAGAUUCAAACAGGCAGUUCUCUUAUUUGGUCGACUUUUGUGAAUGUGUGACAUAAACAGAUGUAAUGCAUGUCACAGUGACAGAGAUAACACUGCCAUGAUAAAAGUACUCAUGUUUCCCCCAUUUGAAAAAAAAAAUUGCUUUUAGUAUUUUUCCAAGUUUUCAAAAGUGCCCAUUUUAUGCUGCUGUGUGGUUUGUUAGAUCUAAAUGAUUUUUAAACUUUUCUCAUAGAAACUUAACUUUGGCAAUAAACAUUUUUUAAGGUCUCUCCUCUUCCUUCCCCAACAAUGUAGUUUUCUAGAUGAGAUUUCGGUAUGAUUUUAUCAGCUAUUUCUUAUAUAUCAUAAUCUGGCAAUUUCUGAAACCAAUCAGAAAAGACAUAUAUUUCCAUGCCUUUUUAAAGAAUUAUUUUUACCUGUUUUAUAUUCACAGUUGGUGUCCUGUCACUUUGUUUUAAAAUAAGCUAGAACCAGGAUGCUUCCUUAUUGGAAAGGCUUUGCCAGUCCUUAAGGUACAUUGAGUGAUGCUGCAACUUGCAAAAAUGUACCAGCAUUUAAAAUUUCUUUUCCUGGGAAUCAAGGUAACUCACACAACUACUUGCAGUACAGAUUUUUUGCUUCUCUUUCGACCUGAAAUGUACUUGGUGGGUUUUCCUUCCUUUUAUUAAACUAAAACUGUGUGGAAAAGGUUGAUUUUUCUUAAUAGAUUCUGAAUUCCACUCACAGGGAGAUGGGAUUCCUUUCUUGUCCCAACAAAGGGAGUUGCUCUAAAGCGAGCAUCAGUUAAAAUGUAGGGGAAAAUGUAUUCUGUAUGUAGUGUAGAUAAUACUUUGUGAACGGACAACAGUUACAUAGUGUCUUGGUAGCUCCAGCCAGUGUUUCCCAGCCCAGAGUUUACUGACUUGUAAUUCUCUAUCCGGGACAUCAGGAGUGAGGGAUGGAAAAGGGGAUAAAAGGCCUGGAGCCACACUCCAUAUGGCUGAGGGAGGCGCUAGGGAAAGAGAUAGACACAAUGGGGUAAAAACAAUUUUGUCUCCCCUGCCUGGCAACUGCUGGUGGGGAAAUGAUGGUGAAGGGUGUUUGCUAGAACUCAUGAGACGUUUCAAAUCUCAUAAACUAGCCUUCUCAAAAUCCCAGCAAUAUAAAGCACUGUUUUUCUUCAGUCAUUUAAAUAAACUUGUAAAUACAUUGAAGUUUACAUUUCCAUGUGCUGUUGAUCAAUGGCGCCACCUGUGUUUGCUGAUGAGCCUGGUCUCUGAGAGAGUUUUAUAAUGUCGAUCGAGGCCUGUUGCUCAUUAAGAUGAGUGCAGACGUCCUUAAUCCCUGCAGAUAGUGGGAUGAAAAGCAAGUUCUGUAACUGAAGCACAACAUAGCCAGGAGUGAAGAGAUGGCAGAUGUUAAUUUCUUAAAAUUUUCCUUUUUUUUUUUUUUUUGCAAAUACCUCGCUUGGAUAAUACAAAUCAGGACAUGUUGGUGAGGGGCUGGCUGCUGCUUUUAUUCACACUUGUUCAGGGAGAGCACAGAGAAUACCCUUCAGCAUGGCCACUCUGGACCCAAGAGGAGGAAAAAACGGAAGCUUUUUUAGGAGAAGGAGGACUCGCAGGAAUCCAAGAUGUGAAGAACUCUUGGUGGCCGGCUGGCCAGCGGGCACCACACCUGCACUUGAGUGCCUCGGGCUUGCUUAUUAAUAAUGCACAGAAGAAGCGUCACUUCUCACCAUCUCCUGGCAUGUAUGGAGCAGGGAGCAAGGCCAUGUUCCAAAAUCCCUGAUUAGCUUGUCUUGCUCUACGCUCGACCUCGAACAAUACAGCUUGUAAGACCUCAGUCAGUCCUGGCACGCUGGGGUAAAUCGGUGUGGUGGUGGAAGAAAAGCCGGGAGGCCUAUUUUUAUAGAAAAUAGUACCACUAAAGGUGCAAUGCUGUCAUUUUGGACAAAAGGGAAGAAAUUUGGAAGAACUGGGAUUAUUGGCAAAAACUUGCUGAGGGGUGAAUCUUGAAGAGCUAAUCACUGCAGAACCAGAGUUGCAGCAAUAUGAUUGCGAGCAAGUCUGAAUGCAUGGUUUUACUUUAACUCAGCUUGACAAUUUUAAUAGGUAACCCCCUCGGGACUGACUGAGUCGUUACGCAUGUGUCAAUCAAUGGGAGGUGUGCAUUCUCUAGAAGUAGUUUUAGGCUGUUUGGUUUGGUUUGGUUUUUGUUUUUUAAAUGCAGCCUGUUUAGGCACUGUCAUGUGGUGUGAAAGAUUUAAAUGUAGCAAUGCUAAAGAAUAAUAAUUUGGGGAUAAGAAGUGGGGACAUUGGCCGGGCGCGGUGGCUCACGCCUAUAAUUCCAGCACUUUGGGAGGCCGAGGUGGGUGGAUCACCUGAGGUCGGGAGUUCGAGACCAGCCUGACCAACAUGGUGAAACCCCAUCUCUACUAAAAAUACAAAAAAUUAGCCGGGCCUGGUGGUGGAUGCCUGUAAUCCCAGCUACUCGGGAGGCUGAGGCAGGAGAAUCGCUUGAACCCAGGAGGUGGACGGUGCAGUGAGCUAUUACUCCAGCCUGGGCAACAAGAGCGAAACUCCAUCUCGAAAAAAAAAAAAAAAUGGGGACAUUAAGAGAGUGGUGAUGACCCAAAUGUUGAACCGAUUAUGUUUUGGUGGUGGUGGUGUUAACUGUUGAAUCCUGAAUGGCUUAUAAAGUGAAUUAGCUGGCUUAAUGCAACCAGCAUUCUGGGCAGCAGAACAUAUUCAUUCUUACUGUAAAUUCUAUUUGCUGCUUCCAAAGGUGAUGAUUUUCAAGCAGACAUGUUCUAUAUGGUCUGUGUUUUAGGAUCUGGUGCCCAGCCUCCAUCAGAGCUUACCUACCUGGCAAAGCUGCCUACCCUUAGAGUGGGAAAAUAUAAUCCACUGUUUAAUAAGGCUCACCCUCUCCACCCUGUCCUAACGACCUUUUGUGAAUGUGCUGUAAUAUUUUCUUGCUCAAUAGCAAGGUGGUAGCUCUGCUUUCAUUUUAAGAAAGUGGAGGCUGAGGGCAUUGUAUCAAUACUGUUUCAACUCCAAGAAGUUUUCCUUGUAAAAUUAAAGGAAAGAUCUUGUUAUUGAUUAACCAUUUUCUUAUGCCUUGCUAUUGACAUAUUCAUGCUCUUUCUAUGUCUAGUGGCUGAAAAUGUUUGCAUUUGUUCCUUUGACUAAUGGUGUGAUUUUUGUUUCUAUAUUAUUAGACCUGUAAUGUUUUAAAAUGUAUUUUAUUAAAUUUGGACUGGAUGUAUGUCUCUAGCAAUACGAGGUACUUUCUAAACUAUUAAGGGAGGGGUUGUAUCCUCAUGUUGAGAUAAGAUGAUGGUCGUUUAAAUUUUGCAAUUUUUUUUUUGGCCUGCAGGGAUAUUUUGUGUUUAUGUGUCCAAAAAAGGAAUAAAUUGGCAUUCUUGUGCCAAAAGUUGUUUUUCCUGUCAAUUGUCUAAUAAGUAUACAGUACACUGUAAUGGCAACAUACGUGGUUGCUUUUUAAAAACAAUUUCCUCUGUGUGAGAAAUUUUACAAAGAACAGUGGAAAAACUUUGUGUUUUUAACUCUUGGGACUCCCUAUUUUUAAAAAUUGCUAUUUGGUAUACAAUUAUUAUGUGUCAAUUAAAACUAAAAUAAAACUUUUAAA